CACACCUCCACAGGCCGCUGCAGCAAUGGUCGAUGACAUUAGAAUGGAGAUUCAGAAGGAAGAGCCUACCUUCGAGUCAGUCGUGACCGAGAAGACGGCCCUCUACCAGGAGUUGCAGGAAGAUGACCUCUACACAAAGUACAAGAAACUCUCUCGCCACCUUGAAAUGCUCGAGAUUCAAGAGAGCUACAUUAAGGACGAACAAGCCAACCUCAAACGCGAACUCAUUCGCGCACAGGAAGAAGUCAAGCGCAUUCAAUCUGUACCCCUUGUCAUUGGCCAGUUCCUUGAACCCAUAGAUCAACACACUGGCAUCGUAGGAUCUACUACAGGAUCCAACUAUGUCGUGCGCAUUCUCUCGACCUUGGACCGUGAACUCCUUAAGCCGUCGUCAAGCGUCGCGCUACACCGUCACUCGAACGCCCUAGUGGACGUAUUGCCACCAGAGGCGGACAGCUCCAUUGCUAUACUUGACAAGGAGAAGAAGCCAGAUGUAAGGUACCAGGAUAUCGGUGGUAUGGACUUGCAGAAGCAGGAGAUUCGGGAGGCCGUCGAGCUACCUCUUACUCAUUUCAGUCUAUACAAGAAAAUUGGAAUUGACCCUCCUCGAGGUGUCCUGUUAUAUGGUCCACCAGGAACUGGCAAGACGAUGCUUGUGAAAGCUGUCGCGCACCACACUGCCGCAUCCUUCAUCCGCGUCGUUGGCUCUGAAUUCGUACAGAAAUACCUAGGCGAAGGCCCUCGCAUGGUGCGCGACGUCUUCCGUCUCGCCCGCGAGAACUCGCCUGCAAUCAUCUUCAUCGACGAAAUUGACGCCAUCGCUACGAAACGAUUUGACGCACAAACAGGUGCCGAUCGUGAAGUACAGCGUAUCUUGCUGGAGUUGUUGAAUCAGAUGGACGGAUUCGACCAAGGCAGCACUGUCAAGGUUAUCAUGGCAACAAAUCGCGCAGACACCUUGGAUCCUGCUUUGCUGCGUCCUGGUCGUUUAGACCGAAAGAUUGAAUUCCCAUUGCCGUCUCGUCGAGAAAGGCGCUUGAUCUUCCAAACUGUUGCAAACAAGAUGAAUCUUGGACCAGAUGUUGACUUGGAAGAUUAUGUGUCGCGUCCUGAUCGUCUUUCUUCUGCGGAUAUUGCGUCCGUCGUUCAGGCUGCCGGUCUGCAAGCUGUCCGCAAAAACCGCUAUAUCAUUCUCCCAAUAGACUUUGAAGAGGCGUGGAAGUCAACAGUCAAGAGGCCCGACGAAACUCACGAGUUUUAUCGGUGAGAUGGGGUCGCGGACAGCUAUCGCUUACCAUUUGUAUUCUACAAUUCGUUAUUGCAUCUUUCCCUUCUGUUUUGCGUGCAUUCUGUAACUUUGACGAACGCUCUGUCAUUUUGACGGCUCACUGAUAUUC